AUGCAAUAUCUUAGCUCGCCGACACGCAAAGAGCUUGAUCGGGCUCAUGCUGCUGGGAAGUGGCUGGAUAUUGGUGCUCCGACGCUAAAGAAUCUUCUAUUCAUCAAACCACGACGAUCUAUGACUUGGUUGAGUCUCGCCUUGAGCUCCAUACCUUUGGCCAUUUUGUACAAUUCCACAAUCUUCACUUCUUUUGAGUCAAACGAUUAUAGCGUGGCUGUUGUCAGCAAAGACUUCUUUUCGGGCGGAAGUUUUGAUCAGAAUGGAACACACUAUCGAGCGAAAGAUGGCCCGAAAGAGGGCCCGGCCUUGCGAAGCCUUGUCACCCCGGCAAUACGUUUUGACAACUCGACUUUUGGCAUGCCUUCAUGGGCUUACAAGGAGUAUGUCGCCGACUUCAUUAGUGAAUUGCAGAGUUCGCCAGAUAAGUUACAGCAUCUAUCAAAUAAAGACUGUAUCAACACAUACUCCACAAGGAUGUUGACUGGACAUCGGAAUUUAUUUGCGGUUACUAGUGGUAAAAGAUUCUCAGUAGAAGGUCUCGACAACAACGUCACGAGUGGAAGCCUGCUCUACACUGAUCAGAUUUCAACGAAUGAAUACAUCAACAGCUACCCACCUCAUUAUGAGCCUUUCGAUUACUUGUGCUCAGGGCUUCCUGGGUACAUCAAUGGGACCUUGAAAAGAUGCACGCCCGACAAUAACAGUCCCGACACCUGGAAUCUAUUCGGCUUUGACAUUGAGCAUUGCCGCAGCGAGGUGGUUGCUGAACACUGUCGAUUGUUUUUCAACAGAACAUUCUCGAUUACAAUCAUUAUAUGCAAUGUUGUGAAGGUAGGCUGUAUGAUAUAUGCAGCAGCCUAUCUAAGAGACGAAAUGCUUUGUACGCAAGGGUGA